UACAGGGACUGCCGCUCUCAGUGUGAUGCCUGAGUCCGUGUGGACCACAUCACCCGCAAUCAUCAACUGUCAUUAUCAUCUCGUGUGACUAACCAAUCUUCCAACUAGCUGAUCUGUUCUAUCGCGACAAUCAUCGUAAGGCUUCAAGACAGUGCUUCAACACUGACGGUUUAACGGUGUCAAUUGUUUAAUUUCGUGACUCUCGUUUCUUUUUCUUUUAUCACAGACGAACUGAAAGUGCAAACAAAUUGUUUGAUGGUGAACAGACACAGAAGACGAUUUAGAAAAUACGUAUCAUAAUGUCGAACAAAUGAACAAUUUUGAUCAGUUUGAUGUUUUAGUUUUGAAAUACCAAAAAAGAAAUGCACAUAGAUAAAAUAAAAAUGCAAAAUGUUUAUUAAAUGGUAUUACUUCCUGUCAGUAACUUGAAGUGUAAAUGACGUCACCAAGCGGAACUGUCACGCGCUAAAGAUCACACGACAAAAUCAACCAGAUCAAAAACAAAAUGCCGUCGUCAACGGGUAGUGGUACACGUCCAGAAUCUCCGUCAGCUGAUCCUGGUAUUAUCGGGGCUCAAAAUCACAGCCCCACAAGUAACAACAAUAAGAAACUCUUUCUUAACAAUGCAACCAACAACGGAUUUCUUAGAGUUCUGUCAGCAAACAAUUCACCGACGGGAGGAACACAGACCAGCAACAACGCCUCGAGAAAAAAUUCAUCAACGUCAGAAAAGAACCACGAAGAACUUCAACAGCUGCUCGGGGUUGGAGGUUUCAUUGUCGACGCCCCAGCACAGCAAACGCCGGAGUUGAGAAUAACCGAGAACCCGUUACUCAACAGGAAACCAGCGACAAUGGGGCUUUCAGAUGCGACGCCCGGCCUGACACAACCGACGACGAACACUGUGGUCCGCUACGACGCCCCUACGCCAGUCGUGGAGUCGGCAAGAGGCAGACGAUACGGAUGCUGGGUGUGGAACAGGAAAGCCAACCGCGCAACAAGAAAGUCACUAGAGCGGUCAGCCGUUGUGGUCAUCCUCCUGUUGACCGCGGGCCUUGGGUUCCUUAUCUUUGGAUUUCUAUUUCAACUAGAGUGCAGUGAUGCUGCCAUUUCGAAGAAAGUGUGCUUGACGGAAGAGUGCGUGAGGACAGCGGCGUCUCUGCUCGCAGCGAUGGACAAGACGGCAAAUCCCUGCACCGACUUCUUCCAGUUCGCCUGUGGAACCUGGAACAAGAAACACGUGAUCCCUGAGGACAGGAGCAGCAUAAGUACCUUCGAAGUGUUGGCUGACCAGCUGCAGGUCAUCCUCAAGGGAGUUCUGGAAGAACCAAUCAAUGAAAGUGACAACGAAGCAACACAGAAGGCGAAAAGGUUCUAUAACUCAUGUAUCAACAUAUCCCAGAUCAGGAAGCUGGGGGACACUCCUCUGAGAGAGGUCCUGGCGUCCUUGGGAGGUUGGCCGGUCACUCAGCCCAACUGGACGCCCCCAGAAUUCUCCGUCGAGACGUUACUAGGUCGUCUGAGAGGUCAAUACAACGAGGGAGUGCUCGUCGAGCAGUGGGUCGGCCCUGACGACAAGAAUUCGUCAGUGAACAUCCUCCAGCUGGACCAGAUGCAGCUGGCUCUACCCAGCAGGGACUACUAUCUCAAAGCCGACUCCGAGGGCGAUAUGAAGGCUUAUCACCGCUACAUGACCGAGGUGGCGAAGCUCCUGGGGGCGAACGGCACUCAGGCGGCCGACGAGCUCCUGCAAGUGAUCCUCUUCGAGAAGGAACUCGCCAAUGCUUCGCUUCCGGAAGCAGAUCGUCAUGACACUAGUGCCAUCUACAGGAAGUUGAGUCUGGCGCAGCUUCAGCGGGAAGUGCCGCAGCUGAACUGGCUGGAAUACUUGUCGGCGUUCCUGGACGCGGACAUUGACCACAGCGAGCCUGUAGUCAGCUAUGCUAUGCCGUACUUCAUCGAGAUGGGACGCAUCAUCCAGAAGACAGACCGCAGGGUGAUUCACAACUACGUGCUGUGGCGACUUGUGAUGACCAUCAUGCCUCAUAUGAUAGACGAGUAUCAGCAGAAACGCGUCGAGUUCAGGAAGAUUUUGCUGGGGAUUCUCAGCGAGAGAAACCGCUGGAGCCAGUGCGUCGAAUGGACGAAUAAGAAACUCGGGAUGGCGGUCGGGGCCCUCUUCAUCCGGGACAACUUCAACCACGACAGCAAGGAGACGGCGCUCGAGAUGAUACACACGAUCAGGGAGGCGUUCAACGAGCUACUGGCGGACAACGACUGGAUGGACGACGAGACGCGCACCGUCGCGAAAGAAAAGGCCGACGCCAUGAACGAGCGCAUCGGCUACCCGGAGCUGCUGACGAAACCAGACGAGCUCAGCAAGGAGUACGUGAUGCUGAACGUGACUGAAGACGAGUUUCUGGCAAACAUCCUGAACGUUCUGCGCUACGACGCGUAUCACAACCUGCAGAACUUGCGGCAGCCCGUCAACAAGGACAAGUGGUCAACGGAGCCGGCGGUCGUCAAUGCCUUCUACAACCCCAACAAGAACGACAUCGUUUUUCCGGCCGGAAUCCUUCAGCCCCUGUUCUACAGCCAACACUUCCCUAAGUCUCUCAACUAUGGUGGCAUCGGCGUGGUGAUUGGUCACGAGAUUACGCACGGGUUUGAUGAUAAAGGGCGGCAGUUCGACAAGGACGGGAACAUGAUGCAGUGGUGGAACAACGCGACGGUCCGCGCGUUCAGGCAUCGGGCGCAGUGCAUCAUCGACCAGUAUUCCAAGUACAAGCUCGACGAGGUGGAUCUGUACGUGAACGGGCGCAUGACUCAGGGCGAGAACAUUGCCGACAACGGGGGGCUGAAACAGUCCUUCAGGGCUUACAAGAAGUGGGUGGAGAAGCACGGGGAGGAGCCGGGACUGCCUGGGAUAAACCUCACCCACGAUCAACUUUUCUUCCUCAACUACGCUCAGAUCUGGUGCGGUUCUAUGAGGCCAGAAGACGCUCUCACCAAAAUAAGGUCAUCAGUGCAUUCCCCCGGUCCCAUCAGAGUCCUGGGACCACUGUCCAACUCGUGGGACUUCGCGGCAGCUUUCAGCUGCCCUUCGGGGUCGCCUAUGAACCCUCAGCACAAGUGUUCUGUGUGGUAAAUACGAACACGAACGGAACACGUCACUAGCAAAGUUUCGCACUUGGUACAGCUUUGCAGUGUCAACUGUAACAAGUCUUAUUCUAAACACAAAGUGACAAAUCAGCAUUUCAUAGUUUUAAAAAAAAUUCACCUUCAUAUCUUGUUUACUGAUAUAAACGUAACAACAGUUUGCAGAUACCCAUGUGAGGUACAGCGGUCGUCAUGUAUGGUGUGAUUAAUCGAUAACUAUCGCAGAACUUUCAAAGUGAGCUACCUCAUUGCCUGGGCGACUACUAGAGGGGCACAAAGUAUCGUAUCGUUCACUAAAACCUGUCAUAUCGUCUGAUUUGUCUCGAAAUGACUGUUCUGAAACUCUGCUACUAAAACCAAAUGCCGACACAAGUUUCUCAUUCGAAUGCACAACAGACGUUCAAUGCGAGAAGUUACUUUACACUUUUGUGACGUGUCUUAAGUAGAAUAACACACAAGUCCACAAACUCUUAAUAAUAUAUCUCGUAAUAAAUUAAUUUAAGAAAGGAUUUGCGAAUACACAAGCAAAACAGAUAUUUGAGAGUGCAAGAACGCUGCAUAUCACGACAGCCUGAUUUCAAAAUAUCUAACCAAGUAUAAUAUUAAAAAGCAUCCCGACAGAAGAACAUGGGUUGAACGUGCUUAAGGUAAAUUUGGAUCUAAGAGAAACUUACAGCUACAUAAUGAAAAUCUUCAUUAAUUAAACUCCUAAUUAUUAAAAUGGCGCUCAUUCUUAGUAAUUCUUGAUCUGAAUCUGAGGUUCUCGAGGCGAUGAGGAUGUAGAAGUCGUUUUUCUGGGCUCUGGCGCCAUCUAGACUUGUAAAACCAAGGGCUGGCGAUGAAGGGAACUCUUGUGGGGAAACUCAUGAGCGUACCUACAAGUCUACACGGCGUCAGAACCCCGACGUUCAUCGAUAAUCAUUUAUUAAUUUCCGGAAUCCUGACGCUUAUGGAAUUCAAGGUGGACAUUUGCCGAUAUGAUUAAAUAUGUAAUUCGUACGAAGGAAUUUGGUGAUAUCGAACACGAGGCGUGGCUUAGCACGGAAUGGCACAACAGAAGUGUGGCGCAUGUAUAAUCCGUGUUUCAUGAUAAUGCUUCAUUACUAAUAUAAAGAUAAGACAAUUCCUUCAGCAAAAUGGACAAUGGUGAUGGACCCUAAAACAUACCACGUGCUUACGUACCUUCAAGAAUAACAAAUCAAUGUGUCCAUAUAUCAAGACACAUUGGUUGGUUUCUAAUGUUUGUUGUGCAGAGUUCUUGUAGCAUGACAUGUUGGAUGAUUUGAAAAGAAUGUCUGAGAGAUCGUGCGUGGGACAUUCGUUGCUGGAUCGACAAACAAGGGGCUUCUGAAUUGUUCUCCCUGCCGGAAGCUGACAGCGGAAACCGAUUCCAGGACUCCCCUGGGACUCUAUGAGAUCCGACGUUCUUGUGGGUUCUGACGCCGUGCAGAUUCGCAGACAGAUACUAACGUUUCGGAGAAAAAUAUUGUGUCCAUCUUCAGGGCGGUUACCUUUCUCCGAAACGUAGGCAUCUACUUACGAAUCUGCACGGCAGCAUAACCCACAAGAACUACGUCAUCACUGUUGGACUAUUUUUAAUCUAUGAUUAAUGAAUAAUUCAUGUACAAUUUUACAAACAUAUAUUCUAAUUAUAUGGUGAUAUGCAUCCUCGUGCCAUUGCUAAUAUUUUAGUUAAUUCAGGACUCGCAAAGGUGGCGUUUGUGUUGUAUACCUUAUUGCUUAUGUGGGAAAUAUUCCGAAGUAUCAAAACACCUAAUGAAAUGUUAUACAAGAACAUUUAAGUGUAAAUAAAUACACACAGCCGUAAACUCUGUUUCUGAAAAUAAGAAUGUCCGAAAAACUCGUGAGAUGUUGCCAUCUCUUGCUGGCCUGACAGCGGGGGACUUAGGCGCAAAGCAUCAGAGUUUCGGAAAUAAGUUUCUAGUAGAAAUGCCGAGGCAGAAAUCACAAAGACACAUUUUGUGUCUCGGUGUGAGACACUUCCUCGACACUUUUUUUUGCCCCCCCCCCCGUCAGCCAAAAAUUCUACACAGACGCCGCCUGACUGGAUCCUCUUCAGUGUUCUGCUGUACUUACAUGUAUUAAAUAGCGAACUGAUUCCCUUACCAACCACGCUGGGUGUAACACAUUUCACAUAUCACAGUCUGUUCGUAUGAACUAAACAUAAAGAUAUUAACAAUCGUAUCUUUGUAAGUGACAAUUCUAAAAGUAAUUAUUACUGUAGCACGUGCCUUGUCCUCCCUCCCAGUGUUUCUGAAACUAACAACAAACAAACUCCUUGAUAGCAGAACCCGCAGGUCCAAUACCCAUCGGCCCCGCUCCUGAGCCAGCUCCAUCCACUCUUCCCAGUGUUUCUACUUAAAAUUAAUGCAAACAUCAUGUCACAUGCACUGCACAGAAACAUCCAUCAACUUCACUUAGUUUACUAUUCACGUAUUAUAAGGCAUUAAGUGUAGAUAAGAAUGAAAUUGUAAUAUUGUGAAGCAAUGUUAAAAACAAAAUGACUUUCAUCUGUUAUAAACGUCAGUCCGUGAAACAGCUCACAAUUA